AUGGGACGUGAAACGGAAUCCGAUGGGUCAGGUUCGGAAUCGGAGUCGGGCGGAAGCCGUAGCAACAGUCGCAGUCGCAGCGGAACACCCCAAGUGGCUCCUACGCCCGGAUUUUCGCUAGAACAUCAUGACUCGCGCUCACGAUCUGGAUCGCCAGCACACAAUAGAAGCAGCCGCUCGAACUCGGCCGGUUCGCAGCGUUCGCGCUCUGGUUCAGCGGCGUCCGGUGCCCGUUCGCCUUCCGGCAGUCGUUCGCCGACACCCAGCAGCCCACAGAAGCGUCACAGCCGAUCGCGCAGCGGUUCCGGAUCACGGGCCGGAUCGCAACGGUCCGGGUCGGGCUCGCGAUCACGGUCGCGAUCCGGUAGUGAUCGGUCGGGUAGCGGUACGCCACAGAAUCGCUCGCGCAGUGGAACACCGGUCAAUCGGUCCCGCAGUGGAUCAGCUGCAUCCCGAUCGCCCGGUUCGCCCGGUUCGCUCAGAAAGUCUCGCUCGCGUUCUCGCUCGGUCCGUUCAGGUUCCGCCCGGAGUCGUUCGGGCUCGGCAGAAGCCGGUGUGAAACGUAAACAAGCCAGUGACUCGGAGGCAGAAGGUGCUGUUGAAAACCAAAAGGAACAGAAAAAGAGCAAGUUGAUCGAUACCGAUUCGGAGGAGGAAGUAAGCCCGGCAAAGGGCAAAGACGUGACGGCCGAUGCACUGUUCGGUGAUGCGGCGGAUAUCAGCUCCGAUGAGGAUGGUGGCUCGGCCAAAGGAAGCCCUGGUACGCGCGAGCGUGACGAGCUGGACGACCUGGAAGACGAACAGCGCCGAAAGCAGGAGGAGAGCAAGCGGGGCCGCUCGAGGAGCCGUAGUCGGAGUCGCGACAGUUAUCGACGCUCGUCGGAUGAGGAAGGAACCGGUGGGGAGCGUCUAGCGAGGUGGGAAGAACCGAAAGAAACCGAACCGGAACAGGAACCCAUUCCGGAGACGCGGAUCGACGUGGAGAUCCCACGUAUCGUGACCGAUCUCGGGCGUGACAUACACUUUGUGAAGCUACCCAAUUUCCUGUCGGUUGAAACGCGCCCUUUCGAUGCCGAUACGUACGAGGAUGAGAUUGACGAAGAGGAAACACUGGACGAGGAAGGGCGGCAGCGGUUGAAGCUGAAGGUGGAGAACACGAUCCGCUGGAGGAACAACAUCGACGCAAAAGGGAAUGCACAGCGCGAAACGAACGCACGGUUCGUGAAGUGGUCCGACGGCAGUAUGAGUUUGCACCUGGGCUCCGAAAUCUUUGACGUGUACCGUCAACCGCUGCAAGGUGACCACAACCAUCUGUUCAUCCGCCAGGGUACCGGUUUGCAGGGUCAGUCGGUGUUCCGCACGAAGCUAACGUUCCGGCCACAUUCGACCGAAUCGUUCACGCAUCAGAAGAUGCUGAUUUCACUGGCCGAUCGUUCGCAGAAGACGUCCGGCAUCAAGAUUCUCACCCAGGUCGGUGCCGAUCCGGACGCCGAUCGGAAGCAGAAUCUGAAGAAGGAGGAAGAGAAGCUGAGGAUGGCUAUGCGCGCAAAGCCAACGUCAACGAAACCGAAACGAGGUCGCGAUUCCGGAGCCGGUGCCAGUAACGCUUACCAUCAUGACGAGGGUUCCGAGGACGAGGGUGGCAUUUCGAUUGCGGCCAUCAAGAACAAGUUUAAGGGUGACAAAGCGCUCAAGGCUGGACGGCAGAGUACGGCUAUCUACUCGUCGGACGAGGAGGGGUCGGAUGUGGAAAUGGGCCGGCGAAAGAAGAACAUCGACAAGAAGAAGGCCCGCAAAUCGUUGGCCGCUUCCGAUGAUAGCGAUGCCGGGUCGGGCUCCGAGCACUCGGAGCGAGGAUCACGCUCGCGAUCGAACUCUGGUUCCGGCACCGGUUCCGGUGGCGAUGGUUCGGGAAGUGAGAAAAGCGGCGGUGGCACUGGUGGUAACGCCCAGUCCGGUGACGAUAGUGACGACUAGACAUGUA